AUGCCUAGCGCUGUUGUACUCGGCCCCUGUGACGGCACCGACCUACCGGCCGGGCCCGACACUGUUGAAGACCUCUGCCUUGGCAUGGAACUCAAGUUUCUACUGCUGGGCCUGCCCCGAUCCGAAGCUGCUGGUAUACCAAUCGGUCACUCUUCGGAUACGCCUGCUACCACAAGUCAGGAGGCCUACCAGAAGCAGGCAUACACCGCCUUGGCUCGUGUAAUCGAACGACGUGCAGGACCAGAUAAGUCGGUCCCUUAUCUCCGCGCACCCUCGAGCCAGCCUCGUGCCAUCAGCAAGAGCGACAUAUCUGAAAAUGGUCUCAAGGAGCGAGACUACUGGCCGUCCCAUUGGAUUGUCAAAAAGGCCAACUCUGUCGAGCACACGAAGGAAGAUCCACGGCCAGACAGCCGCCGCACGAAUGGCAUUGCCAUUCCGGUAGAGCUCAACUCACCGAAGCUAGCUUGGAGAGAUCUCUACGCGCCUUUUCUGAUCAGCAAAGUCCUCUCUCAGGUCAAAACCUUGCCCACGUGCGUUAACUAUACAUGUGACGUCCAUGUCCAUGUAGGACGUUGCGACGGGACGGCAUUUACACUCCCGACUCUCAAGAAAUUGGCAACCAUCUUUUGGCUGGCGGAGCCGAUGCUACGCAGCGUUCGAAACCCUCAUUCACCAAACUACUCGCAUGCCUACACUUGGGGCUUUGACCAACGCCGUUACAGCCGCCUUGCACUGGCUCUGGACAAUAGAUCGCCUGCAACAGACAAUGUGACUAUUGGUGAGGAUUUGCUCGCGCGUGUGCGCUCAAGUGUUUGUGACGAAGACGACGAAGAAUGGCACAAGUAUAUGAAUGAAACUGGGAAGGCAGCUUUCCGCAACGAGGCCCUGCGUGCCAUCUGGCAAUCGGCCACGUCCCAAGAACUGGGACUCCUGCUGUCUGGCUCUCAGCGGGAGUACCGGCGUCUUGGAUUCAACUUUAGUGCAUUCGGCGGCGAAGACGAGCGCUCCAGGACCAACCCACGCACAAUUGAGUUCCGCAUCUUGGAGGGCACACUGAAUGAGGAGCUCGUCCAAGGCUGGUACCAAAUCUGUGGCAAGUUGGUUGAGCUAGGCACGAAGGGCAGACAAGCCAGAUUCUGCGAGGUCGUCCAGUACCUAGUGGCUCAACAGCCAGCCUACGACGAGCUCCUCAAGAACACCGAUUCCGGCCGUCUUCAGGCUCAUGUGCGGGCGGAAGGCGGUCGGGUGACUCGCGACCUCCUCUUUGCCGAGUUUAUGGAGGUCAUUGGCGUCAACCCAGCGGCGUUCAGGCCCUUUCAAGAAAAAAUACGGCGGGAGUAUGGCUCCUCCUGA